UACAUUAGCAAUCUGACUACGUUUUUACUUGGGAUAUUCAUAUUUAAAGUCGUCGUAGUCGGCAUAAAAUUUUCUAUCAACACUUAUUAUCAUAUUAUUGAGUAAUCGCGUCUUGUCGUCCAUAAUAUUUUUAGUCGGUAUUCGUAAAUGAUUUACCGCACCUUUCAAGCGAUCUAAUCUUAUAAUCGGCUGUCCCGACAAGUUUUCCUUUUCAUAUUCUCUGCUACAGACAUAGUCUUGUUAGGCCAGUCGUGGAUUCCAACUUUUUCUACUUCUCUUCCUGAAUCAUCUUUAUGUAUUCUUGUGUCUCCUGUCGAUCUGAAUCGCGUUGAAUAUUUAACUCUUCAUUUUCUAGUUGGUCUUGCAUAUAGUAGGAUGUAAAAUGAGAUAUUUGGCAGUACACAUACUAUCUGUAUGUAAGUAUUUUGAAGGGUACUAAUCGGAGAGGUUUUGUUUAUAAUUUUCUGAACCUUUGCCACAUGCGGGACCACUGAGUUGGGUUGUUUUGGCACAUAUUUCAGCGCAUUGCAAUAACUAUGAUAUACGGUGAACUCGUUCUAUCUGACCGUUGCCACGAGAAACUCCCGUUGCUGUCAACAAGUUCUGUAUACCCUCUUUGAUGCAAUAAUCGUUUCCUAAUCCAUGUACAACUUUUGCCAAUCCAGUUGACUUUUUCGGGUACAAUUCAACAAGCUUCGAAAUCACGUCUAUUGUUACUAAAAGGUAGUUGUAUUGUUUACUGAACUCGGUUAAUGGACCUUAGUGGUUUAUAUGCUAGGUUCCUCACUGUUCUUCAGACUUAUAGAGUGGAGUCAAAAGUCCCUUCUUCGUAUCUGCGAUAAUACCUUUAAUGCUUGCUUAAAUUAAACUAAAGUUCCAGUUAGAAGAAUUUAAUUUACCAGUGAGCUGUUCGGUUACUUUGGAGAUCGCGUAACAAUUGGAUUUGGUAUAUGUAUGAUCACUAUCUGAUACACUGUUGGACUGUAAAACACUCAGUGCAGUAGGCAUUAUGUACAUAUAAUAGUUAAUAAUAGUUUUGUAUGAGAAUUUAGUUACACAAAGUGCAUUAGACAUUCAUUGUUCUCUAUUAAGUUCCUAUACCUACAAUGUUAGUGUGGCUAACAGUUUAACUCAGAUUGCUAUGCUCUCUUCUCUCUAAAUAUGAAUAAAAGUCAAUUCCUCACAAUAUAUUACCUUAGUUGAGUAAAAAGCGUUGUGUUGUAUUUUAGUAAAGUUAUUAUAAAAAUGUGUACGCUGAAAUACAUUGUGGUGGCACUGUGGAUCUUAACGAAUGUUACAAAUUCCGUGGAAUCCGCAAAAAUACUUGCUGUUUUUCCUUUUCCGGGUCCUUCGCAGUAUAUAUGUGUGCAGUCGUACUUGAAGACACUGGCGAUACGCGGACAUGAAAUCACUUCGGUUUCGGCGUUUCCGCAAAAACCACCCUUGAAAAACUUUCGUGAUAUAACGAUACAUAUAGAGCAAUCUCAUCAUGAUGAGUCAGUAACCAACGCGAUAGAGCAAAUGUCAGUUGGUAAAUUGGCUGAGAUGCAAUUAGUUAAGGAAUAUACGGCAUUGACUUCCUUGUUAGUAUUUACUAAUGAGAACUUCCAACAAUUAUUGCACUCUGACGAACAAUUCGAUCUCAUCAUUAUCGAAGUAUUCUAUCAAGAUGCACUUUACGCAUUGGGAAAACAUUUCAAAGCGCCUGUGAUUGGUGUCUCCACAUUUGGCGCAGAUGUUGCGAUCGACCAGUUGGUGGAUAAUGUUUCUCCAGUAGCAUAUGUACCAUCGCCUAGCGGAACAAAUUUGGAUGUAAUGAAUUUCUGGCAACGCUUAGAUAAUUUAUAUACUAACACCAUGGAGCUUCUGUUUACAUAUUUAGUAAUAAUACCGGAACAACAACGGUACUAUGAAAAAUAUUUUCCCAAUGCGACUCUGCGUUUAACAGAUGUACGUAGGGACUUUUCUCUUUUGCUGCUCAAUCAACAUUAUUCGUUCAGUUGGCCGCGUCCACUGGUGCCGAAUGCAAUCGAGGUGGCUGGUAUGCAUAUUGAUCACAAGCCGAAGAAACUACCAACGGACAUGGAAGCUUUUAUUAAUGCCUCGUCCAGAGGAACUAUCUACUUCUCCUUAGGGUCGAACAUAAAGAGCGCAUUAUUGCCGAAACAAAAAUUGCAAGAGAUUAUGAACGCAUUUGCUUCGUUACCCGUGAACGUGUUGUGGAAAUUCGAGAAGACAGAUCUGGCGGGUAAACCGAAGAAUGUCUUCAUAAACAAAUGGUUUCCACAAUCGGACGUACUUGCCCAUCCUAAAGUAAAAUUGUUCGUUACACAUGGUGGUAUGCACAGUCUGAUAGAGUCGGUACAUCAUGGCAAACCGAUUGUUGGCACCCCAGUCUUUUACGAUCAAUAUUUAAAUGUUGAAAAGACCGUUCAUAAAGGUUUCGGUGUUGCAGUAAACUUCCGAAAUUUCACCAGCACCGAGCUGCGCGAUGCCAUUCUAGAGGUGUUGAACAAUCCCAAGUACACCGAAAGAGCGCAAGAGAUCUCUGCUAGUUUCCAUGAUCGACCUAUGAAACCGCUCGAUGCAGCAAUCUAUUGGACUGAGUAUGUGCUAAGACAUAAGGGUGCACCACAAUUGCGUGUAGCUGCACGUCACUUGAAUUUUUUACAGCGCCAUAGUGUGGAUACAAUGGCUGUGUUGUUUGGUAUUCCAUUGUUGUUGGCUAUAUUUAUAAUCCGCGGAGUUUUUCAAGUGCUGGCGGCAAUAUUUAGAAGCAACGAUAAUGCGCAUAAGAAGCGAAAACGUGAUUAAUAAGUUGUUGAACAGAAUUAUAUUGAACGUAUGUAUAUGUUAAGUGCUGUUAUUUCAAAUACUACUCUUAAGAGAAGGCAUGACUAUGUAAUUUGGAUUGCAGGGUAGCUUUUUCUCUGAGAUGUUAUAUAUAUAGUAUAAAUAUAAGUAUACGAAUAGAGUAUAAAGAAAUUUGCCGUUGCCUUUAAAGUUAUUUCGAUAUCGAUUAUAAGCUUACUUAUAUAAAUGAUUUGAUACUUCUAUUUAGUGUUAAGGAUUAUUUAGCACCAAAGUAUAACUGUAACAGAACAUUGAUUGCAAUUGAUAUAAUUCACAAUUUAAAAUAAUAAAUGUUCAGACAGUCUACAGUUCAUUUGAAAUAUAAUUCAGGUGUUCGCUCUAUCUGACAUGGACGUUA